AUGUCGUCCGACGGCGAGAGAAUUGCCGAGGCUCUGCGUCACGUCACGGGCGGAAAAGUCGACGGCGGGACUCUGGAGUACAUGACAGGGAUGCUGGAGGAAGAAGGCGUCGCGAGUCUGACGGUGAACUCCGCAUUCGACCUCAUCGGCGACUUCCUGCAAGAUGCCGGCGUCACAAACGGCGAGCACGAGGGCAAGGCGAUUUGCGAGAAGCUUCUGGCGCAGUUGAAGCCGCCCGCGAAAGCCACGACGAACGGGAAGAGUGUUGAAAACGCGAAGAGCCUGGACGACGGCGCCGACCUCGACGAUGACAAGCGAGCUGAUCCGGAGGAUUUGACGAAGAAGCCGCGAGACUUUGCGACGCCGAUGCGCCUUGGCGACAUGGCUGGGCACGCAGGGCGCUCGUUUGACGACCCUUUCCUCGGGCUGCAGCAAAGCACCGCGAAGGUCAACUACAACGCGCCCGUCCUCUACGGAACGGACCCUGAGGGCGCCGGUGCGGCCGCCUCCGCCGCGCAGCAGCAGCAGCGUCUGCAGCAGCAGCGCGAACGCCACCUAAGGCAACUCAAGGAGUGGGAGAAGAACAAGCCUCCCCUCCCGCCCCCCAAGAGGAAGCACGGAGACAAACAACUCAAGAAAAUGGGCGAGGGCAUUUUGGUGGACAACUUCUCCGUCGCAGUCGCUGGGCGGGAGUUGCUGAAGGACGCGCAGCUGAAGCUCAUGAAGGGUCGCCGCUACGGUCUCGUCGGAAGAAACGGUAUCGGAAAAAGUACUCUGCUGUCGGCGCUCGUUCGUCAAGAAAUCCAUGGCGUCGAUCCGGAUAUCGCGAUCGGCAUGGUGGAACAGGAACACCACUGGGGCUCGGAGACUGUGCUGGAAUCUGUGCUGGCGGUCGAUGAGGAUCGCCUCCGCCUCCUCGAGGAGGAGCAAGUGCUGCUCAAGCAAGAAGAUCAGUCUGAGAAAGUCGGUCGCCGUCUGGCAGUUAUCUACGAGCGGCUGCAAGAGAUCGACGCGGCGAACGCAGAGAAGACCGCUGUGACGAUUCUUCGCGGUCUCGGGUUCACUGAGGGCAUGCAACACGUGAAGGUGACCUCGCUGUCCGGAGGUUGGCGCAUGCGCGUGCUGCUUGCGCGCUGCCUGUUCAGCGCCCCCGACGUGCUGCUGCUGGAUGAGCCGACGAAUCACUUGGACCUCGAAGCCGUCCAGUGGCUCACCAACUACCUUGCCGUCGCCGACGGCCCCUGCGCAGACCAGGUCAUGCGCUGCGGAAAAGACAAAAUCGUCAUAGUCGUCUCACACGCCCGCGAAUUCCUCAACGACGUCUGCACAGAUAUGAUUCACUUCACAAACCAGAAUUUAACGUACUACAAAGGCGACUUUGACACGUUUGAGUCCGUGCGCGCGGCGCAGCUGCUUCAGCAGCAGCGCCAGGCUGAAGCGCAGCAGGCCAAAAUCAAGCACGUUCAGUCGUUCAUCGACAAAUUCCGAUACAAUGCCAAGCGCGCGUCUUUGGUGCAGAGUCGCAUCAAGCUGCUGAGCAAGCUGCCGAUGCUGGACAUGGUCGCGGAAGAUCCCUCGCUUCAUUUCAACUUCAAGGAGCCUGAGACCUGCGCGCCGCCGCUGCUGCAGGCUGAAGAAGUCUGGUUCAGCUACCCGGCCGCCCAGAAGGAGACGCUUGCGGAGGGUGAAGAGGCCGAGGCGGCGUUGGCGGAGUCCGCCGCCGCGACCGCAGCGCAAGGGAAGCUGAUUGUCCGCAACCUCAACCUGAACGUCGACAUGGAAUCGCGAAUCGCGCUGUGUGGCGUCAACGGCAGCGGAAAGAGCACCAUUUUGAAGCUGCUGGUCGGGAGCGAGCAGCCGACCAAGGGCAUGGUGCAUCGCAACGGCAAACUCCGCAUCGGCUACUUCACCCAGCAGCACGUCGACCAGCUCGACUUGACGCUGAACGCCGUUCAGUCGCUCCAAAUUCGACACCCCGAGGCGAAUCUGAAGGAUGAACAGGCGCGGACGUACCUGGGGCAGUUCGGAAUCAGCGGCCUGCUGGCGCUCGAGCCUCUCUACAUUCUCUCCGGAGGGCAAAAGAGUCGCGUCGCAAUCGCACUCAUGGCAUUCAACAACCCCCAUAUUUUGAUUCUCGAUGAGCCGACUAACCAUCUUGAUCUCGACGCUGUCCAGGCGUUGAUUGCGGCGCUGAACAACUUUAAGGGCGGCGUGCUGCUGGUGAGCCACGACAGCCACCUGCUGUCCUGCGUAGUCGAGGAGAUUUUCUACAUGGACGAGCAAGCGCAUAAGCUGCAGAAGUUCCACGGUGACUUCUUGAAGUACCGCAAGGAUCUCCUGAAGCGCGCGAAGGCCGCGGCCGCUGCGCAGGCGAACAGCCACAACUAG